AUGUUCAUCGAAACUCGGGGACUGCGUCUACCUGAUGAGCCCGAACUGGAGGGCGAAACCAGUAGUGGACUGUCGAAGCGUUUUCAGCAACCACGACGCGCCCAGACGGAAGAAAAAGCGCAUGUGCAGAGAGUGACGCAUCCCCAAGGCCACCAUCGGUACGACACGUCCGGAAAAAGUAGUUCCUUCGAAAGUCAACCUCUAGUAGCCAUUUCGAGGCUUCAUCCAACUCUGCGAGACAUCAGGCAAGUGGAGCUUGCUUUACGAAAUUCGAUUCUUUGCACAACUAUGCUACGGCAUAGCGGAUCCACUUCUAGACUGGCAAUGAACACUUCUGAAAAUUUGAAAAUAGCACUGACCGGCGAACAGAUUCAACCGACGGAUCGAGCCGAAGCCUAUGUUUCGGAUUCAAAACACCAGCCUGAGAAAGAAUUCCAUAAUCCAUGUGGUCCCUUAACUGUACUGAUUCUGAAGUACCGGUGA